CAUUUGUUCGUGAACCGAAAAUAAAGUACAUAUGUACGUGUUUAAUUUGCACAAAUUUUUACGCUUUCCUGCCAAGUGGACACUGCUUGUGCAAUGCAUGCAAAAUGCCUCGAGUUGGAGCCAGGUAACAUUUUUCAUGCAUGGUCCCCAGAUUUGCGCAAAUUCAAGGAGAUAACUUAUCAUGGUCUGAAUUGUGUAAUAAUUCACACAUUCCUCAAAUCAAUUCAACUCAUUUCACUCACAUACGAGCAAAACUAUUAAUUUCCACCACUUUUCUCUUCUCAACAAAUAAUUAACUUACAUAAUCACCAUGGAGGCUGCCCCAGAUUUUCUUGACACGGUUACCUCCUACGAAUCUUUCCUGGGCCGUGGUGCAUUUGGAUUUGUGUUAAAAGCAAAACAUAAAGACGGAACUUACUCCUGUAUAAAAUUCAUCUAUCCGACGGACAACGACAAACUAAAACGUCAAACUGAAAGAGAAACAAGUCUAACAAGAAAGCUGGAGGACUAUAGGCACAUUGUCACCGUUAAGAAUUCAGUCUGUAAGAAAUAUUUGAAUCCAGUUCAACUUGAAGGUAUUUUUAGCCCUUGUAAAAAAAUUGUUGAGGCCGGAUGGCAGGACACACCCGAAAAAAUAAAACAACUCGGAUGGACUUGUAUCCAGAUGGAGCUCUGUGGUGAAAACCUGGACUCCUGGCUGCGCGACCCGGAAACCACGAUGACCUCAAUAUUCAUCCAAGCUAAACAAGUCGAAAUAAUUUUACAUCUAUUUUACGGAUUAAAAUUUCUACACGAGAAGCAAAUCAUUCAUCGCGACUUGAAGCCCGCGAACGUCAUGUUCGCUUCGGAUAAAUACAAACUUCCCGUAAAAAUUGGAGAUUUCGGGCAAUCUCGCACCGCUCACGGUCACAACGACCCGACCCUGACCUCAAGCGGCAUCGGAACACCAGCCUACAGAGCGCCAGAAGUCAAGACAGGAACAUAUUCAUACCAGUCGGACAUCUUUUCGCUCGGUUUAAUAAUUUGGGAAGUUGUCGCCCUGAUUAAACCGGAACAAAAACACAGUCUAUUUGACAGGCUGGUUAAUGACGGCGAGACAGAAUUAGUCAAAGAAGAUCACCCUCUAAUUGGCUCACUGGCUAAGGAACUGGUUAUAAACUCAACUAGAAAGAAUCUUGAGCAAAGACACCACGCUUUGGGUAAUGUCGGUAAAAUUAUCGAGAAGUUGGUGCAGGUGCAAACCCAAGAGAAAGUGUUAACCUGUCGAAAUGGAGAAGAUUUAGAGCUCUGCUUGCCAUAUGUUACCCCGGGCUCUACCAUCAUCCUGGGGGAAGGCACUUAUCAAGGACAAUUCAACCUUCGCGGAGAUGGAAUAAGUAUCAUUGGGAAAGGGGUUGAUAAGACGCAGAUUUUGUCAUCUCCUGCUUUUCACAUUUUUGGACAAGACUGCCUAAUUUCGAAUUUAUCUCUGCUUGUGCCCACCUCCUCAACUGACGGAUACAGUGGUUUUGCUAUUCAUGGGACUAGAUGCAGAUUAACCAAGAUCAAUGUUAUCAACGCUAACUACGGGAUUCAUAUGCAUGCAAGUGAUAUCAAAAUCGAUACCGUAAAAUUUAUAAACAAUUACAAAUGGUGUAUUACGAUGACGGAUACUACACGUUCCUGUACUAUUUCUGAUGUAACUUGUGAAAAUAUCCAAGAUGGGAUACACGUUGAUGGAACGAAUCAUCACCUUCAAAAGAUUAGAGUAUCCUUUAGCCCAAACAAGAGAUACAACGCAUUAUAUGGCAUUUACUUCGAAGGAGAUAAUCACACCCUUGAGGAUUUCACUUGCACCGGAAAUACGAAUAAUUCCAGGUGGGAUUUGUAUAUACUAUCUUCAAGUACCACUGUCAAAAAUUCUACAUGUUACAACGUUCUGGUCGACGGGGAUGGUGCAAGGCUAAAUAAUGUUGAAAGCAGAAAUUUAAUUGGAAUUAAUGGAGAUCUACAAAAUGUUCAAUUAGUAAAAUGCAAGUCGAAAAAUUUGGAGGCAUCUGGUGCCGUUACGAUGACAGGGUGUACCUUUGAUAGUGUGAAUAAACCGUCGAAAUAAAAGAAUUUGGCGAAGGGGUGAAACCAAUCCAUAAUUGUUGAACAUUUUCUACGAGAUGUCGUUUUUACCCAAGUGGUAUUUACACAUGAUUCUGGUGAAACUGAUAAGUAAUACCGUGAAGUAAGUAUGUAACAGCUCGGAAUUAAAAUUUUCACCAUAUCGUACCAAGAUUUUGACGGACCGGUGUAAUUUUUGUACCAGGUGGUAGCAACAUUAAUACUGAGUCUGACUAUUUAUAUGCACCAAAUUUUUCAUAGUGUAAUGUUAUUGCUGCAAGUGUUUACUGUUGUGCAUAGUGAUUAAUGUUUAAAUAAUUAAGCAAUAAUUUCAGACUAGCUGCUUGUAAGGUGGAUUCGAAGCCAGACUUUUGCAAUAUCCCUGUAAAAAUACAAUUAUGUAAAUCUUUAACAUGUAUUCUUUUUUUGUAACAGUUUCUCGCUGUACGAAUAUGUAAAUAGUAAAUAAUCUAAUACUGCCCCCACUCUGUCAAGUAAAUAAAUUACAUGCUUUGAUUGGUA